AUGGAGCGCUCCUCCAGCGGCGCGCCCCGCUUCCUGACCAGGCCCAAGGCCUUCGUGGUGUCCGUGGGCAAGGACGCCACGCUGAGCUGCCAGAUCGUGGGCAACCCCGCGCCGCACGUGAGCUGGGAGAAGGACCGGCGGCCGGUGGAGGCGGGCGCGCGCUUCCGGCUGGCGCAGGACGGCGACGUGUACCGGCUCACCAUCCUGGACCUGGCGCUGGGCGACGGCGGGCAGUACGUGUGCCGCGCGCGCAACGCCGUGGGCGAGGCCUUCGCGGCCGUGGGGCUGCGCGUGGACGCCGAGGCGGCCGGCGCCGAGCAGGCGCCCCACUUCCUGCUGCGCCCCACCUCCAUCCGCGUGCGCGAGGGCGCCGACGCCACCUUCCGCUGCCGCGUGCAGGGCUCGCCGCGGCCGGCCGUGACCUGGUCCAAGGACGGGCGGCGCCUGGGCGCCCCCGACGCGCCCCGCGUGCGCGUGGAGGAGCGCGGCGAGGCCAGCGCGCUGUGCAUCCGCUCGGCGCGGCCGCGCGACGGCGGCACCUACGAGGUGCGCGCCGAGAACCGGCUGGGCGAGGCGCGCGCGGCCGCGGCGCUGGCGGUGGACGCCGAGCCCGAGGCCGCCGGCCCGCCGGGCGCCUCCACCGCCGCGCUGCUGGAGCACCUGCAGCGGCGGCGCGAGGCCAUGCGCGCCCCCGGCGCCCCGGCCGACCCCGCGACGCCGCCCGGCGCCGGCACGCGCACCUGCACGGUGACCGAGGGCAAGCACGCGCGCCUCAGCUGCUUCGUGACCGGCGAGCCCAAGCCGCAGACGGUGUGGAAGAAGGACGGGCGGCCGCUGGCCGAGGGCCGGCGGCACGUGGUGUACGAGGACGCGCAGGAGAACUUCGUGCUGAAGAUCCUGUUCUGCCGGCCGUCCGACCGCGGGCUCUACACCUGCACCGCCUCCAACCUGGUGGGCCAGACCUACAGCUCCGUGCUGGUGGUCGUGCGCGAGCCUGCUGUGCCCUUCAGAACGCGGUUGCAGGACGUGGAGGUGCGGGAGAAGGAGUCGGUUACGUUCCGGUGCGAGGUAGCGGAGCCAGCGGUGGAGGCCGCGUGGUUCAAGGAGGAGACGCGGCUGUGGGCGAGUGACAAGUACGGCAUCGAGGCGGAGGGCGCCGAGCGCCGGCUGACCGUGCGCCACGUCUGUGCCGACGACGACGCCGUGUAUGUCUGCGAGACCGCCGAGGGCAGCCGCACCGUGGCCGAGCUCGCCGUCCAAGGGAACUUGACCCGAAAGCUACCUCGGAAGACAGCGGUGCGAGUGGGGGACACAGCCGUGUUCUGGGUGGAGCUGGCCGUCCCGGAGGGUCCUGUCCGUUGGCUUCGAAACCAAGAAGAGAUGGUGGCCGGGGGCCGGGUGGCCAUCACCGCGGAAGGCAGCUGCCACACGCUGACCAUCUUCCAGUGCAGUCUGGAGGAUGCUGGGGAGGUGGCCUUCGUGGCUGGCCACUGCCGAACGUCUACCCAGUUCUGUGUGUCUGCCCCCAGAAGGCCACCCUUGUACCCCCCUGCUGACCCUGUGGUGAAGGCCAGGACGGAGAGUUCUGUGACCCUCAGCUGGUCCCCACCAUCCCAGGGGGACCGCCCUGUCACCAUCGAUGGUUACCUGGUGGAGAAGAGGCGGCUUGGUGCUUAUGCCUGGAGUCAAUGCCACCAGACCGAGUGGGUGGCCCUGCUGGAGUUUACUGUCACUGGUGUGGCUGAAGAGGGGGACUUCCAGUUCCGAGUGUCGGCCAUCAACAACUUUGGCCAGAGUCCCUACCUCGAGUUUCCAGGGACCAUCCACCUGGUCCCUCAUCUGGCUGUGAGGACACCGCUGAAGGCCCUGGAAGCAGUGGAGGGCGGCGAGGUCACCUUCUCCGUGGACCUCACAGUGGCCUCUUCCGGUGAGUGGUUCCUGGAUGGGAAGGCCCUGAAGGCCAGUAGCUUGUACGUGAUCCGCCGUGACCAAACCCAGCACACGCUGACCAUCCGAGAGGUGCCUGCCAGCCUGCAUGGGGCGCAGCUGAAGUUUGUGGCCGAUGGCAUUGAAAGCAGUGUUCGGAUGGAGGUCCGAGCUGCCUCAGGACUGACCGCAAGCAAGCCACCAGCCUCAGCUGCCCGGGAGGUGCUAGCCCGGCUGCAUGAGGAGGCACAGCUGCUGGCGGAGCUAUCGGACCAGGCUGCGGCUGUGACCUGGCUGAAAGAUGGCCGUGUGCUGCCCGUAGGCCCCAAGUAUGAGGUGCAGGCAUCUGCUGGGCAGCGGGCACUGUUGGUACGAGAUGUGGUGCAGGAUGAUGCUGGCCUCUACGAGUGCAUUAGCCGAGGGAGCCAUAUUACCUACCAGUUGUUGGUUCAAGAGCCCAAGGUGGUGUUUGCUAAGGAGCAGCAGGCACAUAAUAAGGUGAAGGCCGAGGCGGGGGCCAGCGCCACACUGAGCUGCGAGGUGGCCCAGGCGCAGACGGAGGUGACCUGGUACAAGGACGGGAAGAAGCUGAGCUCCAGCUCGAAGGUGCACGUGGAGGCGUCAGGCUGCAUGCGGCGGCUGGUGGUGCAGCAGGCGGGCAAGGCGGACGCCGGGGAGUACAGCUGCGAGUCCGGGGGCCAGAAGGUCUCCUUCCACCUGGGUGUCACAGAGCCCGAGGUGGUGUUUGCCAAGCAGCAGCAGGUACGUAAUGAGGUGAAGGCCGAGGCGGGGGCCAGUGCCACACUGAGCUGCGAGGUGGCCCAGGCACAGACGGAGGUGACCUGGUACAAGGAUGGGAAGAAGCUGAGCUCCAGCUCGAAGGUGCACGUGGAGGCGUCGGGCUGCACGCGGCGGCUGGUGGUGCAGCAGGCGGGCAAGGCGGACGCCGGGGAGUACAGCUGUGAGGCCAGGGGCCAGAAGGUCUCCUUCCACCUGGCUGUCACAGAGCCCAAGGUGAUAUUCACCAAGCAGCAGCAGGCACAUAAUGAGGUGAAGGCCGCGGCUGGGGCCAGCGCCACACUCAGCUGCGAGGUGGCCCAGGCACAGACGGAGGUGACCUGGUACAAGGACGGGAAGAAGCUGAGCUCCAGCUCGAAGGUGCGCGUGGAGGCGUCGGGCUGCACGCGGCGGCUGGUGGUGCAGCAGGCGGGCAAGGCGGACGCCGGGGAGUACAGCUGUGAGGCCGGGGGCCAGAAGGUCUCCUUCCAUCUGGAUGUUGCAGAGCCCAAGGUGAUGUUUGCCAAGGAGCAGCCAGCUCGAAGCCAGGUGAAGGCCGAGGCAGGGGCCAGCGCCACACUGAGCUGUGAGGUUGCCCAGGCGCAGACGGAGGUGACCUGGUACAAGGAUGGGAAGAAGCUGAGCUCCAGCUCGAAGGUGCGCGUGGAGGCGUCGGGCUGCACGCGGCGGCUGGUGGUGCAGCAGGCGGGCAAGGCGGACGCCGGGGAGUACAGCUGUGAGGCCGGGGGCCAGAAGGUCUCCUUCCACCUGGGUGUUGCAGAGCCCAAGGUGGUGUUUGCCAAGGAGCAGCAGGCAAAAAGUGAGGUGAAGGCCGAGGUGGGGGCCAGCGCCACACUGAGCUGCGAGGUGGCCCAGGCACAGACGGAGGUGACCUGGUACAAGGAUGGGAAGAAGCUGAGCUCCAGCUCGAAGGUGCGCGUGGAGGCGUCGGGCUGCACGCGGCGGCUGGUGGUGCAGCAGGCGGGCAAGGCGGAUGCCGGGGAGUACAGCUGUGAGGCCGGGGGCCAGAAGGUCUCCUUCCACCUGGGUGUCACAGAGCCCAAGGUGGUGUUUGCCAAGGAGCAGCAGGCAAAAAGCGAGGUGAAGGCUGAGGCGGGGGCCAGUGCCACACUGAGCUGCGAGGUGGCCCAGGCACAGACGGAGGUGACCUGGUACAAGGAUGGGAAGAAGCUGAGCUCCAGCUCGAAGGUGCGCGUGGAGGUGUCGGGCUGCACGCGGCGGCUGGUGGUGCAGCAGGCGGGCAAGGCGGACGCCGGGGAGUACAGCUGUGAGGCCGGGGGCCAGAAGGUCUCCUUCCACCUGGGUGUCACAGAGCCCAAGAUGGUGUUUGCUAAGGAGCAGCAGGCAAAAAGCGAGGUGAAGGCUGAGGCGGGGGCCACCACCACACUGAGCUGCGAGGUGGCCCAGGCGCAGACGGAGGUGACCUGGUACAAGGACGGGAAGAAGCUGAGCUCCAGCUCGAAGGUGCGCGUGGAGGCGUCGGGCUGCACGCGGCGGCUGGUGGUGCAGCAGGCGGGCAAGGCAGAUGCUGGGGAGUACAGCUGCGAGUCCGGGGGCCAGAAGGUCUCCUUCCACCUGGGUGUCACAGAGCCCAAGCUGAUGUUUGCCAAGGAGCAGCAGGCAAAAAGCGAGGUGAAGGCCGAGGCUGGGGCCAGUACCACACUGAGCUGUGAGGUGGCCCAGGAGCAGAUGGAGGUGACCUGGUACAAGGACGGGAAGAAGCUGAGCUCCAGCUCGAAGGUGCGCGUGGAGGCGUCAGGCUGCACGCGGCGGCUGGUGGUGCAGCAGGCGGGCAAGGCAGACGCCGGGGAGUACAGCUGCGAGGCCGGGGGCCAGAAGGUCUCCUUCCACCUGGAUGUUGCAGAGCCCAAGGUGGUGUUUGCCAAGGAGCAGCAGGCAAAAAGCGAGGUGAAGGCUGAGGCGGGGGCCAGCGCCACACUGAGCUGCAAGGUGGCCCAGGCACAGACGGAGGUGACCUGGUACAAGGACGGGAAGAAGCUGAGCUCCAGCUCGAAGGUGCGCAUGGAGGCGUCGGGCUGCACACGGAGGCUGGUGGUGCAGCAGGCGGGCAAGGCGGAUGCUGGGGAGUACAGCUGUGAGGCCGGGGGCCAGAAGGUCUCCUUCCACCUGGGUGUCACAGAGCCCAAGGUGGUGUUUGCCAAGGAGCAGCAGGCAAAAAGCGAGGUGAAGGCUGAGGCGGGGGCCAGUGCCACACUGAGCUGCGAGGUGGCCCAGGCACAGACGGAGGUGACCUGGUACAAGGAUGGGAAGAAGCUGAGCUCCAGCUCGAAGGUGCGCGUGGAGGCGUCGGGCUGCACACGGCGGUUGGUGGUGCAGCAGGCGGGCAAGGCGGACGCCGGGGAGUACAGCUGUGAGGCCGGGAGCCAGAAGGUCUCCUUCCACCUGGGUGUCACAGAGCCCAAGAUGGUGUUUGCUAAGGAGCAGCAGGCAAAAAGCGAGGUGAAGGCCGAGGCGGGGGCCAGUGCCACACUGAGCUGCGAGGUGGCCCAGGCGCAGACGGAGGUGACCUGGUACAAGGACGGGAAGAAGCUGAGCUCCAGCUCGAAGGUGCGCGUGGAGGUGUCGGGCUGCACACGGAGGCUGGUGGUGCAGCAGGCAGGCAAGGCGGACGCCGGGGAGUACAGCUGCGAGGCCGGGGGCCAGAAGAUCUCCUUCCACCUGGGUGUCACAGAGCCCAAGGUGGUGUUUGCCAAGGAGCAGCAGGCAAAAAGCGAGGUGAAGGCUGAGGCGGGGGCCAGCGCCACACUGAGCUGCGAGGUGGCCCAGGCGCAGACGGAGGUGACCUGGUACAAGGACGGGAAGAAGCUGAGCUCCAGCUCGAAGGUGCGUGUGGAGGCGUCGGGCUGCACACGGAGGCUGGUGGUGCAGCAGGCAGGCAAGGCGGACGCCGGGGAGUACAGCUGUGAGGCCAGGGGCCAGACGAUCUCCUUCCAUCUGGAUGUCACAGAGCUUGAGCCUCUGGUCCCAGAGAGACCCAGCCGCAGGGAGCCUCUGGUGGUCAGGGAACAUGAAGACAUCGUCCUGACUGCUACGAUUACUGCAUCCUCGGUGGCCACAGUGACCUGGCUCAAGGAUGGAGUUGAGAUCCGUCGCAGCAAGCGGCAUGAGACCACUAGCUCAGGGGUCUCGCACACCUUGACUGUGCGUGGGGCCCAGGUGCUAGACAGUGCCGUGUACAGCUGCCGUGUGGGCACUGAGGUUCAGGACUUCCCUGUACAGGUGGAAGAGGUGGUCACCAAGUUCUCCAGGCCCCUGGAACCUGUCACCGGGGAGUUAGGGGGCACGGUGAGGCUGGUCUGUGAGCUGAUCCCGGAGCAGGCGGAGGUGGUGUGGCGCUGUGGGAGCACACAGCUGCGGGCAGGCAAGCGCUUCCAGAUGGCUGCAGAGGGGCCCCUGCGCUCGCUGACAGUGUCAGGCCUGCGUGAGGAGGAUGCGGGAGAGUACGUGUGUGAGAGCCGCAAUGACAGCACCAGCACACAGCUCACUGUUAAUGUUCCCAGAGUAGUCAAGUUCACAUCAGGGCUGAGUGCUGUGGUUGCAGAAGAAGGCCGUGAGGCCACCUUCCAGUGCGUGGUGUCCCCCAGUGACGUGGCAGUCAUCUGGUUUCGGGAUGGUGCCCAGCUGCAGCCAAGCGAGAAGUUUCUGAUAUCCCAGAGUGGUGCCAGCCAUAGCCUGACCAUCUCAGCCCUGGCGCUGGAGGAUGCUGGCCAGAUCACAGUGGAGGCUGAGGGUAUCUCCUCUUCUGCAGCCCUGCGAGUCAGAGAGGCUCCAGUGCUCUUUAAAAAGAAGCUGGAACCACAGACGGUGGAGGAGCAGAGUUCUGUAACACUGGAGGUGGAGCUGACAAGGCCAUGGCCCGAGGUGAAGUGGACACGGAAUGCUGUGGCCCUGGUACCCAGUGAGAACGUGGAGAUCUGUGCUGAGGGCACGCGGCACCGCCUGGUGCUGCGCAGUGUGGGCUUUGUGGACAGAGGCUUCUUCGGCUGUGAGACGCCAGAUGACAAGACACAGGCCAAGCUCAAUGUGGAGAUGCGCCAGGUCCGGCUGGCCAGAGGCUUGCAAGCUGUGGAGGUGAAGGAGCAGGGCACUGCCACCAUGGAGGUGGAAUUGUCACAUGCAGACGUGGAAGGCAGCUGGACCAAGGAUGGCCUGCGGCUCCAACCCGGCCCCACAUGCCACCUGGCAGUGCAUGGCCCCGUCCACAUGCUCAAGCUCUCUGAACUACGGCCACAGGACAGUGGGCUGGUGGCCUUCAGGGCUGAGGGUGUGCACACAUCAGCCCGGCUGGUAGUCACCGAGCUGCCUGUGCACUUCAGCCGCCCACUGCAAGAUGUAGUCACCACCCAGAAAGAGAAAGUGACUCUGGAGUGUGAGCUCUCAAGACCCAACGUCAAUGUCCGCUGGCUUAAGGAUGGUGUAGAGCUACGGGCUGGCAAAGCAGUAGGCAUAGUGGCCCAGGGCACCUGCAGAAGUCUCACUAUUUACCGGUGUGAGAUUGGGGACCAGGGCAUCUAUGUGUGUGAUGCCCACGAUGCUCAAACUUCUGCAUCCCUGAAGGUGCAGGGAAGGACAUACACUCUGAUCUACCGGAGAGUCCUGGCAGAAGAUGCAGGGGAAAUAAAAUUUGUAGCUGAAAAUGCAGAAUCUCGAGCCCAUCUUCUAGUGAAAGAGCUGCCCGUGACCCUCUUACGGCCACUGCGGGACAAGAUUGCCAUGGAGAAGCACCGUGGUGUACUUGAGUGCCAGGUGUCCCGAGCCAGUGCCCAGGUGCGAUGGUUCAAGGGUGGCGUGGAGAUUGAGCCCGGGCCCAAGUAUGAUAUGGUCAGUGACGGCCUUUACCGGAAGCUGGUUAUCAACGAUGUGCAGCCUGGAGAUGAGGACACCUAUACCUGUGAUGCUGGAGACAUUAAGACCAGUGCCCAGUUCUUUGUGGAAGAGCAAUCCAUCACCAUUGUGCGGGGCCUGCAGGAUGUGACAGUGAUGGAGCCUGCCCCCGCCUGGUUUGAGUGUGAGACCUCCAUCCCUUCCGUGCGACCACCCAAGUGGCUCCUGGGUAAGACUGUGCUGCAGGCAGGAGCAAGUGUGGGGCUGGAGCAGGAAGGCACCGUGCACCGGCUGACACUGAGGAAGACCUGCUCUACCAUGACUGGGCCUGUGCACUUCACCAUCGGCAAGUCUCGCUCUUCUGCCCGCCUCGUUGUCUCAGACAUCCCAGUGGUGCUCACUCGGCCUCUGGAGCCCAAGGCAGCACGUGAGCAGCAGUCAGUGGUCUUGUCCUGUGACUUCAAACCUGCUCCUAAGGCUGUGCAGUGGUACAAGGAGGACACGCCCCUGGCCCCAUCUGACAAGUUCAAAAUUACAUUGGAGGGCCAGAUGGCAGAGCUGCGCAUCCUCCGACUUACUCCAGAUGAUGCUGGUACCUACCGGUGCCAGGCAGGCAAUGCCCAGAGCAGCACCAAGGUUACCGUGGAAGCUCGGGAGGUAAAGGUGACACAGCCACUGCAGGAUGCUGAAGCCACAGAAGAAGGCCGGGUCUGCUUCUCGUGUGACCUGUCCCACGAGGAUGAGGACAUUGAAUGGUCACUCAACGGGACACCCCUGUACAAUGACAGCUACCAUGAGAUCAGCCAUGAGGGCUGUCGUCAUACACUAGUGCUGAAGAGUGUCCGACAGGCUGACGCAGGCGUGGUGCGCGCCACCUCUCCCAAGGUGUCAACCUCGGCCCGCCUGGUGGUGAGAGCAAAGCCAGUGGUGUUCCUGAAAGCCCUGGAUGAUACAUCUGUGGAGGAACGUGGCACGCUGGCUCUGCAGUGUGAGAUCUCGGACCCCAAAGCCGAGGUGGUUUGGUGCAAAGAUGGUGUGCAGCUGGGUCCUAGUGACAAGUAUGACUUCCUGAACACAGUUGGCAUGCGGGGGCUGGUGGUGCAUGACCUGAGCCAUGAGGACGCCGGCCUGUACACCUGCCAUGUGGGCGGCGAGGAGACCUGUGCCCGGGUCAGCGUGCACGAUCUGCACGUGGGCAUUACCAAGAGGCUGAAGACAGUGGAAGUGCUGGAGGGGGAGAGCUGCAGCUUCGAGUGUGUUCUGUCUCAUGAGAGUUCGGGUGACCCAGCGGUGUGGACGGUUGGUGGGAAGACAGUGGGCAGCUCUGGCCACUUCCGGGCCACAUGCCAGGGCCGCAGAUACACGCUGACCAUCCUAGAUGCUGCACCCAGUGACGCCGGGGAGGUGGUCUUCUCCAUACGAAACCUCACCUCCAAGGCAUCACUCAUCAUCAGAGAGAGGCCAGUGGACAUCACAAAGCCCCUGGAAGAUCAACGAGCCACACCGGGGGAGGAUGCAAUGCUGAGUUGUGAACUGUCAAAGGCAGGAGCCUCUGUCCGCUGGCUGAAAGACGGGAAGGCCAUCCGCAAGAGUCAGAAGUAUGACAUGAUGAGCGAAGGCGCACGGGCUGUGCUUGUCAUCCGAGGGGCCACACUCAAGGACUCCGGCAAGUACACAUGUGAGACAGAAGCGUCCAAGAGCACCGCCAGCCUGCGUGUGGAAGAAAAGACCAAUCAGUUCACCGAGUUGCUGGUUGACCUGAAGGCAGAGGAAAAAGGCACAGCUGUGUUUGCAUGCAAGACAGAAUACCCAGCACCUGCUGUGACCUGGCGCAAGGGCCUCAUGGAGCUGCGGGCCUCAGGAAAACACAUCCUCAGCCAGGAGGGCUUGACCCUGAGGCUCAUAAUCAAUGCCCUAGAAAAGGCAGACAGCGACACCUACACCUGUGACAUUGGCCAAGCCCAGUCCCAGGCCCAGCUCUUGGUGCAUGGCCAGAGAGUGCUUAUCACCGAGGACCUGGAGGACACAGAUGUGCAGGAGGGCGCCUCUGCUACCUUCUGCUGCCGUGUUUCCCCCGCCGACUAUGGACCCGUGCACUGGUUUUUGGACAAGACCCCGCUGCAUGCCAAUGAGCUCAAUGAGAUCGAGGCCCGGCCUGGGGGCUACCACGUGCUCACCCUGCGGCAGCUGGCGCUCAAGGACUCGGGCACCGUCUACUUGGAGGCGGGUGACCAGCGCACUUCAGCCACCCUGCGAGUCACCGAAAAACCAAGCAUCUUCUCCCGCCCUCUCACGGAUGUCACAGUUACAGAAGGCGAGGACCUUAGCCUUGAAUGUGAGACUUCCACUCUGGAUAUCCCUGUGCGCUGGACCAAGGAUGGAAAGACAGUGCGGUCAUCUGCACGGUGCCAAAUGAGCUAUGAAGGCUGCCGGGCCCAGCUGGUUAUCACCGGCACCACCCUGCAGGAUGGUGGGCGGUACAAAUGUGAGGCUGGCGGGGCCUGGAGCAGCUCCAUUGUCAGGAUCCACGCACGGCCAGUACGGUUCCAGGAGGCCCUGAAGGACAUGGAGGUACCAGAGGGUGGAGCUGCCACGUUGCGCUGUGUGCUCUCAUCCGUGGCUGCACCUGUGGAGUGGCGCCAUGGAGAGGAUGUUCUGAAAUCUGGUGGGAAGUACAGCCUGCGCCAAGAGGGUGCCAUGCUCGAGCUGGUUGUCCGAGACCUGCAACCCAAGGACAGUGGGCAGUACUCGUGUUCCUUUGGGGACCAGGUGACCUUGGCCACACUCACUGUGAAGGCCCUGCCUGCCCAGUUCAUAGGAAAACUGAGAAGCAAGGAGGCCACAGAAGGGACCACAGCCACUCUGCGGUGUGAACUGAGCAAAGAGGCCCUGGUGGAGUGGAGAAAGGGAGCAGAGACCCUCAGAGAUGGGGACAGACACAGCGUGAGGCAGGAUGGCACUGUGUGUGAGCUGCAGAUCCAGAGCCUGGCUGAAACAGACGCUGGGGAGUACUCGUGCGUGUGUGGGCAGGAGAAGACGUCAGCCACGCUGACUGUCAGGGCCCUACCUGCCCACUUCAUUGGAAGACUGAGAAGCAGAGAGGCCACAGAAGGAGAUACAGCCACGUUUCACUGUGAGCUGAGCAAGGCAGCCCCAGUGGAAUGGAGAAAGGGGACAGAGACCCUGAGAAACAGGGACAGACACAGCCUGAGGCAGACUGGAGCUGUGUGUGAGCUGCAGAUCCGUGGCCUGGCUGUGGCAGACGCUGGGGAGUACUCCUGCGUGUGUGGGAAGGAGAGGACCUCAGCCACGCUGACUGUCCAGGGCCUGCCUGCUAGGUUUACAGAAGGUCUGAAGAAUGAAGAGGCCACAGAAGGGGCCACAGCUACUCUGCAAUGUAAGCUGAGCAAAGAGGCCCCCGUGGAGUGGAAAAAGGGAACGAAGUCCCUUAUAGCUGGGGACAGAUACAGCCUCAGACAGGAAGGGGCCACGUGUGAGCUACAGAUCCGUGGCCUGGCUGUGGCAGAUGCCGGAGAGUAUUCCUGUGUGUGUGGUCAGGAGAGGACCUCAGCCACGCUCACCGUCAGGGCAUUGCCUGCCAGAUUCCUAGAAGACUUGAGAAGCCAAGCCACCAUUGAAGGUGCCACAGCCAUGCUGCGGUGUGAACUGUCCAAGGGGGCUCCUGUGAAGUGGAAGAAGGGGUCUGAAACCCUCCAAGAUGGGGGCAGAUACAGCCUGAGGCAGGAUGGGGCCAUGUGUGAGCUGCAGAUCCGUGGCCUGGCCAUGACAGAUGCUGGGGAGUACUCCUGUGUGUGUGGGCAGGAGCGGACCUCGGCCACGCUGACUGUCCAGGCUCUGCCCACCAAGUUCACAGAGGGUCUGAAGAAUGAAGAGGCCACAGAAGGGGCCACGGCCACACUCCAGUGUGUGCUGAACAAAGAAGCCCCAGUGGAGUGGAAGAAGGGAACAAAGACCCUCAGAGAUGGGGAGAGAUACACCCUGAGGCAGGCUGGGCCUGUGUGUGAGCUGCAGAUCCGUAGCCUGGCUGAAACAGAUGCCGGGGAGUACUCCUGUGUGUGUGGGCAGGAGAAGACCACAGCCACACUGACCCUCAGGGCCCUGCCUGCCAAGUUCAUAGAAGACUUGAGAAGUCAAGAGGCCACAGAAGGGGCCACAGCCACACUGCGCUGUGUCUUGACCAAGGCGGCGCCUGUGGAGUGGAGGAAGGGGUCUGAGACCCUGAGAGAUGGGGACAGGCACAGGCUGAGGCGGGAAGGAGCCGUGUGUGAGCUGCAGAUCUGUGGCCUGGCUGUGGCAGAUGCCGGGGAGUACUCCUGUGUGUGUGGGCAGGAGAAGACUUCAGCCACGCUGACCAUCAGGGCCCUGCCUGCCAAGUUCAUAGAAGACUUGAGAAGUCAAGAGGCCACAGAAGGGGCCACAGCCACACUGCGCUGUGUCUUGACCAAGGCGGCGCCUGUGGAGUGGAGGAAGGGGUCUGAGACCCUGAGAGAUGGGGACAGGCACAGGCUGAGGCGGGAAGGAGCCGUGUGUGAGCUGCAGAUCUGUGGCCUGGCUGUGGCAGAUGCCGGGGAGUACUCCUGUGUGUGUGGGCAGGAGAAGACUUCAGCCACGCUGACCAUCAGGGUCCCACAGGUGGUGUUCCAGGAGCCACUGCAGAACCUGCAGGUGGAAGAGGGUUCUAAAACCAGCCUGCGGUGCAAGCUGUCAACACCUAACACUGGUGUGGUCUGGAGCAAGGGUGGACUGGAGCUGCAGGCAGACGAGCGCCGGGAGCCCCGGCAGCAGGGCUGCGUUGUGGAGUUGGUGCUUUGGGAUGUGCGCCGUGAGGAUGCGGGCGAGUACAGCUGCACCUGUGGCUCCCAGACCACGAGCGCCACGCUCGUAGUCACAGCUGCACCCCUGAGGUUCCUCCAGGAGCUGCAGGCCCAGGAGGUGGACGAGGGGACCACGGCGCACCUGUGCUGCGAGCUGAGCAUGGCAGGCGGGAGUGUGGAAUGGCGCAAGGGGUCCCUGCAGCUCUUCCCCUGCGCCAAGUACCAGAUGGUGCAGGAGGGCAGGGUGGUUGAGCUGCGGGUGUGUGAGGUGGAGCAGGAGGAUGCGGGGGACUACACCUGUGACGCCGGCCAUAUGCAGAGUACAGCCAGGCUCUCCGUCCUAGCCCCCAAGCCCACGUUCAAGACUGGCUUGCAGAGUGCAGAGCAGGAGGCAGGCGGUGUGGCCCGGCUGUCUUGCCAGCUGAGUGAGGUUGACUCUGGGGCACCAGUGCAAUGGCUGAAGGAGGGCACGGAGCUUCGCACUGGUCCCAAGUAUGAGAUGCGGUGCCGAGGGGCCACUUGUGAACUGCUGAUCCAUGGGCUGGAAGCAAAAGACACUGGCGAGUAUGCCUGUGUGGUGGGUGGCCAGAAAACUGUGGCCUCUCUCAGAGUCAAAGAGCCUGAGGUGACCAUUGUGCGGGGCCUGGUGGAUGCUGAGGUGCAGGCUGAUGAAGACGCGGAGUUCAGCUGUGAAGUGUCACAGGCUGGAGCCCCGGAUGUGCAGUGGCGCCUGCAGGGCCUGCCCCUGCAGAGCAAUGAGGUCACUGAGGUGGCUGUUGUGGAUGGUCGCAUCCACACUCUCCAGCUGAAGGGCGUGACACCCGAAGACGCCGGGACUGUCUCCUUCCACGUGGGGAACCAUUCAUCCUCUGCUCAACUCACUGUCCGAGCUCCUGAAGUGACCAUCCUGGAGCCCCUACAGGACCUGCAGCUCAGCGAAGGCCAGGAUGCCCACUUCCGCUGCCGGCUGUCCAGGGCCCUGGGCCAGGAGGCCCGCUGGGCCUUAGGAGGAGUACCCUUACAGGCCAAUGAGAUGAAUGACAUCACUGUGGAGCAGGGCACAUUGCACUUACUCACCCUGCACAAGGUAACCUUGGAGGAUGCGGGGACCAUCACUUUCCAAGUGGGCUCGUGUAGCUCAGAAGCACAGCUGAAGGUCACAGCCAAGAACACAGUGGUUCAGGGCUUGGAGAAUGUGGAUGCCCUUGAGGGCGGCGAGGCGCUGUUUGAGUGCCGUUUGUCUCAGCCUGAGGUGGCUGCGCACACCUGGCUGCUGGAUGAUGAGCCUGUGCACACCUCAGAAAAUGUGGAAGUGGUCUACUUUGAGAAUGGCCUGCGGCACCUGCUGCUGCUCAAGAACCUGCGGCCACAGGAUAGUUGCCGGGUGACCUUCCUGGCUGGGGACGUGGUCACAUCUGCAUUCCUCACUGUCAGAGGAUGGCGUUUAGAGGUCACGGAGCCACCAAAAGAUGUGACGGUACGAGCUGGCGCCCAGGCCAACUUCACCUGCAAGCUCAGUGAGGCGGUGCCUGUGGGCGAGGCAACCUGGUAUAUCAACGGUGCUGUGGUCCAGCCAGACAGCGCGGCCUGGAGGGUCACUGCUGACGGCAGCCAGCACUCCCUGCUGCUACGGAGUGCUCAGCCCCACCACGCUGGGGAGGUGACCUUUGCUGCCCGUGACGCAGUGGCUUCUGCAAGGCUUUCUGUGCUGAGCCUCCCUGACCCCCCAGAGGAUGCCGAGGUGGUGGGUCGAAGUGGCCGCUCUGUGACCUUGUCCUGGAUGGCUCCCACAAGUGACGGCGGUGGCGGUCUGUGUGGCUAUCGGGUAGAGAUGAAGGAGGGUUCCACAGGCCAGUGGCGUUUAUGCCACGAGCUGGUGCCUGGGCCAGAAUGUGUGGUAGAUGGCCUGGCCCUUGGGGAGACCUAUCGCUUCCGAGUGGCAGCCGUGGGACCAGCAGGUGCCGGGGAACCCGUGCACCUGCCCCAAAUGGUCAAGCUGGCAGAACCCACGGAACCUGCGCCUCCCCCGCCCCCAGUCCCAGAGCGACGCCAGGCGGUGGCUGGUGAGGACGUCUGUCUGGAGUUGGAGGUGGCGACCGAAGCUGGGGAAGUUGUCUGGCACAAGGGGACAGAGCGCAUCCAGCCGGGCGGGCACUUCCAGGUGCUCUCUCAGGGCCGGCGGCAGGUGUUAGUGAUCAAGGGAUUCAAGUCAGAAGACCAGGGCCAGUACCACUGUGGUCCUGCCCAGGGCUCCAUUCCCACCAAGGCUGCCACAUUCCAGGUGGUGCUGACCACAGGCUCUGGGGACGAGGCCCCCGUGCAGCCUAGCCUGCCCCCUGAGGCAGCCCAGGAGGGUGACCUGCACCUGCUCUGGGAAGCCCUCGCCCGGAAACGCCGCAUGAGCCGUGAGCCCACUCUGGACUCCAUCAGUGAGCUGCCUGAGGAAGACGGCCGUGUGCAGCACCUGCGGCAGGAGGCAGAGGAGCUGGCUCCUGAGCUCUCCGAGGGCUAUUCCACAGCCGAUGAGCUAGCACGCACUGGAGAGGCUGACCUGUCACAUACCAGCUCUGAUGAUGAGUCCCGAGCGGGCACCCCUUCCCUCAUUACCUACCUCAAGAAAGCUGGAAAGCCUGGGGCACCACCCUUAGCCAGCAAGAUUGGGGCUCCAGCAGUCCCCUCUACGAAGACACAGAAACAUCAGGAGCAACCAGCCACAGUGUGCCCACCCCAGGGAGAGGUGAGGGCUGAGGACCUGAGCGAUCCCUCCAUGGACAAGGCUGCUGUGAAGAUCCAAGCUGCCUUUAAGGGCUACAAGGUGCGGAAGGAGAUGAAGCAGCAGGAAGGGCCUGUGUUCUCCCGCACGUUUGGGGACACUGAGGCACAGGUGGGGGAUGUCCUGAGGCUGGAAUGUGUGGUGGCCAGUAAAGCGGAUGUGCGGGCCUGCUGGCUGAAGGAUGGCGUGGAGCUGACUGAUGGGCGACACCACCAUAUCGAUCAGCUUGGGGAUGGCACCUGCUCCCUGCUGGUCACUGGUCUGGGCCCUGCUGACACUGGCCGCUACACCUGUCGGGUGAGCAAUAAGUUUGGCCAUGUGAGCCACAGUGCCUGUGUGGUGGUCAGUGGGACGGAGAGUGAAGCCGAGAGCUCCUCCGGGGGAGAGCUGGACGAUGCCUUCCGACGAGCCGCCAGGCGCCUCCACCGGCUCUUCCGCACCAAGGGCCCCUCGGAGGUGUCCGAUGAGGAGCUCUUCCUCAGCGCCGACGAGGGCACUGCAGAGCCGGAGGAGCCUGCAGACUGGCAGACGUAUCGUGAAGAUGAACAUUUUGUCUGCAUCCGUUUCGAGGCACUCUCUGAGGCCCGCCAGGCAGUCACCCGCUUCCAGGAGAUGUUUGCUACCAUGGGCAUCGGAGUAGAAAUUGGGCUUGUGGAGCAAGGGCCCAAGGGAGUGGAGAUGCGAAUUAGCAAGGUGGCUCCUCUGCCUACCCCUGCAGUGCCUCCGGGGCCUGUGCCCAGCCUGCUGGCUUCUGAUGCUGCCCCAGUGUUCCUGACCCAGCUGCAGAACCAAGAAGUACAGGAUGGCUACCCUGUGAGCUUCGACUGUAUGGUCACGGGCCAGCCGGUGCCUAGUGUGCGCUGGUUCAAGGAUGGGAAAUUGCUGGAGGAGGAUGACCACUAUAUGAUCAACGAGGACCAGCAGGGUGGUCAUCAGCUCAUCAUUACAGCUGUGGUGCCCGCAGACAUGGGUGUCUACCGCUGCCUGGCUGAGAACAGUGUGGGGGUCUCUUCUACCAAGGCUGAGCUCCGUGUGGACUUGACAAGCACAGACUAUGACACUGCAGCAGAUGCUACAGAGACCUCAUCGUACUUCAGCGCCCAGGGAUACCUGUCCAGCCGGGAACAAGAGGGAACUGAGUCGGAUGAGGGGCAGCUCCCCCAGGUGACAGAGGAGCUGAGAGACGUCCAGGUGGCUCCUGGCACACGCCUGGCCAAGUUCCAACUCAAAGUGAAAGGCUACCCAGCCCCAAGACUGUACUGGUUCAAAGACGGCCAGCCCCUCACAACAUCCGCCCACAUCCGCAUGACUGACAAGAAGUCCUUGCAUACACUGGAGAUCGUCUCAGUUACUCGGGAGGACGCUGGCCAAUACUCGGCUUACAUCAGCAAUGCUGUGGGUGCAGCCUACUCAUCUGCCCAGCUGCUGGUCCAAGGCCCCGAUGAGCCAGACGAGAAAUCAGCAUCAGAUGCACAUGAACAACUGGUGCCACCCCGGAUCCUGGAACGGUUCACCCCCAAGAAAGUGAAGAGGGGUUCCAGUAUCACAUUUUCAGUGAAGGUAGAAGGCCACCCAGCUCCAGCUGUUCACUGGCUCAAGGAGGAGGCGGAGAGAGGUGUGCUGUGGAUUAGCCCCAGCACACCAGGCUACACCAUGGCCAGUUCUUCCCAGCAGCACAGUCUGGUGCUGUUGGAUGUGGGCCGGCAGCACCAGGGUACCUACACGUGCAUUGCCACCAACGCCGCUGGCCAGGCACUCUGCUCUGCCAGUCUGCAUGUCUCGGGCUUGCCCAAGGAAGAGGAGCAAGAGAAAGUGAAGGAAGCUCUCAUUUCCACUUUCCUGCAGGGGACAACCCAUGCUAUCUCGGCCCACAUGUCAGAGUCUGCAGGUUUCACUGAGCUGGCUGGGCAGAAAAAAGAUCUGGCAGCAGAGGAGGCCCGGGGUCACCUGUCUCUUGCUGAGGUGGGCACAGAGGAGUUCCUACAGAAAUUGACUUCCCAGAUUACAGAGAUGGUGUCCGCCAAAAUCACACAGGCCAAGCUCCAGGUGCCUGGGGGUGACAGUGACGAGGAGUCCAAGACCCCAUCGGCCUCCCCACGGCAUGGCCGGUCCAGGCCCUCCUCCAGUGUCCAGGAGUCUUCUUCCGAGUCAGAGGAUGGAGACUCCCGUGGCGAGAUCUUUGACAUCUACGUGGUGACGGCUGACUACCUGCCCCUGGGGGCCGAGCAGGGGGCCAUCACACUUCGAGAAGGCCAGUAUGUGGAGGUCCUCGACUCAGCCCAUCCCCUGCGCUGGCUCGUGCGCACCAAGCCCACCAAAUCCAGCCCCUCGAGGCAGGGCUGGGUGUCACCCGCCUACCUGGACAAGAGGCUCAAGCUGUCACCUGAAUGGGGGCCCGCUGAAGCCCCUGAGUUCCCUGGAGAGGCCGUGUCUGAAGAUGAAUACAAGACCAGGCUAAGCUCUGUCAUCCAGGAGCUGCUGAGUUCAGAGCAGGCCUUUGUUGGUGAGCUACAGUUUCUGCAGAGCCACCACAUGCAGCAUCUGGACCGCAGUCCACACGUGCCUGCUGCUGUGGCCAGCCAGAAGACCGUCAUCUUCAGAAAUGUGCAGGACAUCAGCCACUUCCACAGCAGCUUCUUACAGGAACUGACGCAUUGUGACACAGAUGAUGAUGUGGCCAUGUGCUUCAUCAAGAACCAAGAGGCCUUUGAGAAAUACCUUGAGUUCCUGGUGGGCCGUGUGCAAGCCGAGUCUGUGGUAGUCAGCUCACCAGUCCAGGAGUUCUACAAGAAAUACACAGAGGAGACACUGUCAGCCAAGGACCCCUCCCAGCCACCCCCACCCCCACUUCAGCACUACCUGGAGCAACCAGUGGAGCGGAUACAGAAAUACCAGGCCCUGCUGAAGGAGCUGAUCCGGAACAAGGCCCGGAACAGACAGAACUGCGCGUUGCUGGAGCAGGCCUAUGCGGUGGUGUCAGCCCUGCCCCAGCGCGCUGAGAACAAGCUGCAUGUGUCCCUCAUGGAGAACUACCCUGGCACCCUAGAAGCCCUGGGAGAGCCCAUCCGCCAGGGCCACUUCAUCGUGUGGGAGGGGGCACCAGGAGCCCGGAUGCCCUGGAAGGGCCACAACCGCCACGUGUUCCUCUUCCGCAACCACCUGGUGAUCUGCAAGCCCCGGCGGGACUCUCGCACGGACACCUUCAGCUAUGUGUUCCGGAACAUGAUGAAGCUGAGCAGCAUCGACCUGAAUGACCAGGUAGAGGGGGAUGACCGUGCCUUUGAGGUGUGGCAUGAGCGGGAGGACUCGGUGCGCAAAUACCUGCUGCAAGCACGGACCGUCAUCAUCAAAAAUUCCUGGGUGAAGGAGAUCUCUGGCAUCCAGCAGCGCUUGGCCCUGCCAGUGUGGCGUUCUCCAGACUUUGAAGAGGAGCUGGCCGAUUGCACAGCUGAGCUGGGUGAGACAGUCAAGUUGGCCUGUCGUGUGACCGGCACACCUAAACCUAUCAUCAGCUGGUAUAAAGAUGGGAAGCCAGUGGAGGUGGACCCUCACCACAUCCUCAUUGAAGACCCUGAUGGCUCAUGUGCCCUCAUCUUGGAUAACUUGACAGGCGUGGACUCUGGCCAGUACAUGUGCUUCGCAGCCAGUGCCGCGGGCAGUGCCAGUACUCUGGGAAAGAUCCUGGUGCAGGUUCCCCCACGGUUUGUGAACAAAGUCCGGGCCUCUCCCUUUGUGGAGGGAGAGGAUGCACAGAUCACUUGCACUGUGGAAGGUGCCCCGUACCCUCAGAUCAGGUGGUACAAGGACGGGGCCCCGCUGACCCCUGGCAGCAAGUACCGAAUGCUGAGUGAGCCGCGUAGUGGUGUGCUGGUGCUGGUGAUCCGGACAGCCACGAAGGAGGACCUGGGGCACUAUGAGUGUGAGCUGGUAAAUCGGCUGGGCUCAACACAUGGUGGCGGAGAGCUGUACAUGCAGAGCCCUGCACUGCGGGCCCAAGACCAGCGCCACCGGGAGCAGCUUGUGGCUGCUGUGGAAGUCACUGAGCAGGAGACUAAAGUCCCCAAGAAAACCGUCAUCAUAGAGGAGACCAUCACCACCGUGGUGAAGAGUCCUCGUGGCCGACAUCGGUCCCCUGGCAAAUCCCCCUCCUGCUCACCUUCCCGCCACUCUGCCAGCCCUCCAAGGCCAGGCCAGCUGGCUGCCGAGCUGUUGUACCCACCGAGGUCCAGCCAGCCCCGCACACUCAAAGUGGAGCCCGACCGGAAGCCUGCUGUACCCACACUGUUUGUGACAGAGGCUGAGGCCCUCUCUCCAGCUCAUCCCAGUGGUGCUGGGCCCCGGCCUGAGUGGCUGGAGGUUGAGGAGACCAUUGAAGUCCGAGUGAAGAAGACAGGAUCACCGGGCGCGUCUCCUGUCAGAGAGAGCCCUGGCAGCUUAGGGGAGCUGCUCUUCACACUACCUAGAGGGACCCCUGGGGAGGAUCCCAACACCAAUAACUCCAACAACAAGCGACUGGACCAGGAGUCUGGAGCUCAGGGCACAGCUGCGGCAUGUGUCAGUGAGCCUCUGUUUUUCUGUGUGCACACUGGGAGCUCUGCCAGCCCUGAGUCAGAGGAGGUAAGCGCCGAGGAGACGGCGGGGGAGAGUGAUGGGGACGGAAGCACCGUUGUGACAGAGGAACCCCAGGUUACCGGCGGCCUUGGCAGCCGUGACCCCAAAAUUCUCACACAUAAUGGCCGUGUGCUAACCCUGGCUGAUCUAGAAGAUUAUGUGCCCCAGGAAGGGGAGAACUUUGGCUGUGAGGACUCUGUGCCCCACAUUCCUGACGAUCCACCCUGCGAGGUCUCCGUGCUCCAGAGAGAGAUUAGUGAGCCGACGGUGGGGCAGCCUGUCCUGCUCAGCGUGGGGCAUCCCUGGGGCCAUCAGCGCCCACCUGGCUUCUUCAGGUUGGGACCCCAGGUUUGCAGCCCAGAGGGUGCCUCCUUCCUUGUGCGGGAGGCCCAAGAGCCUGUGAGCAGCACCCCCUGGGCCGCCUCCUUCUGUGCCCAGCUCCAGCGCUCUGCAGACAGUGGCCAGAGUAGCUUCAAAACGGAGGUUUCCACCCAGAUGGUUGGCUUUGGGACUGUGGGAGAGACAGUCACUCUGCACAUCUGCCCGGAUGAGGAUGAGGCUCCUGGCCCCUCCCAGAGCUGAGGCUGCACCAGCUGGGGAGACGCUCAGAGCCAGAUUCUCUUCAUGUGCUGCCAUUGUGACGUGGGGACAGCAGGGAGGGAAGCUGCUUGUAGCCCUGCUGGGCACUCUCAUCUGACCUCAGGAAACUCCCAGCUCACCUUGGAAUGUGCGCUAGGACUGCUGACACCCUUGCUGAUCAACAAGUAUGAGCAUGAGCCAGCCCACCUCCUGUCCUGGCCCUUCUACCUCACUGGAUCUGAUCUUCAGCUGGGAGGACUGGACAGAGCCCCAUAACGUU